GCCCGUCACCAGUCUGUGUUUGUCUCUUUUCCAACGUGCUCUAACCUAUACAGGAAGCACUAAUCAUUAAAUCCUCUCUCGAUAAUCAAAAGACUUAGUAUCAUCAUGGACUCUACCGAAUACUCGAAUGCCGGUGGCGAGAAAAUUCAGCCCCUGAUGGUCAGCGUCACCGCCCCGUCCACUCUUCCCGAGGGUUACACCUUUGAAGCGUAUCUGAACGACGACAAGAAACGCCCGUUCACUUGCGAAGUGGUAUGUACCUGCAAUGGAUUGGGAUGGUGGUGAUAGCUUUUCUCUGACCCCGAAAACAGGAAUGACGCGAAGAUCCCAUUCCUCACCACAUCAUCCAACUGAUUGCAAUCUUCGUUUCUUUCGUUUUUUUUCUAUAGCCGGAGGGGGGAGUCAAGGAAGGCCAGACCUUUUACACGCCCCUCCCGCCCUCGGCCGGAGACGAGCGUAUCCAGGCACCGACGGGAAGGUGGAAGGACGGCCUCUGCGAUUGCUUUUCCAACGGAAUCUGCCACGCAUCCCUCUGCUGCGCCCUCUGGUGCGACAAGCUUGCCAUGGGACAGAUCAUGACGCGGAUGUCGUUGACGUGGCUCGGCGAGCCCGGGCAGAGGAUAUCGACCCAGGACACUUUCAAGGUGGUGGUCCUUCUCGUUGCCGCUUACACGAUGUUCUCGACGGCCCUCGAGAUUGCCUCGCUCGAUUACACACCGGAGACGACCCCCGCCUCCAUUGUGGCCAUGAAGGGGGUCGGUAGCACCUUGUUUGGAAUUUGGUCCAUCUACAGUCUCUGCCGAACCCGCCAAAGUGUCAGGAAACAGUAUUCCAUUCCCGAAAAGCACUGCCAGGGCUGCGAAGAUCUCUGUUGCGCGGUCUUUUGCACCUGCUGCACAAUCAGCCAGAUGGCAAGGCACACGGGCGAGUACGAAACCUAUCCCGGCCGCUGUUUUUCCAGCAGUGGACACCCUAAGGGCACCCCCCUAACAGUCUAGAGACCUUCCUUUAGGAAGACGAGAGAAAUCACGGACGCUUUUGAAUCGUAUUAGAGCAGGGAUUCGGACGGAAAGUAUGAAGUGGGGCAAUUUCUUAUAACAUGGAACCUAGGUUUGGUUCGAUGCUGAUUUCGGUACCCUUUUCCAAUUGCCUUCCAGCGCGAAACAGUAAUUCAUUUAUAAAUUGUAACGUAGAAA